AUGACAAUGGUUGUAGGGGAUCCUGUUUUCGACGGGGGUCAUACACGGGCUCUUCUAACAGCGUCGCCAGACGCUCAUGUUUUCUGCUUGGAUAGGGAUCCACUGGCCAUCAAAUACGCUCAAGAACUCUCCGAUGAAUUCAUCAGUCGCGUACAUUCUGUCCAAGGUCGUUUUAGUGAUUCACUAAGUCUGUUGAACGAGAUCGGAUGUCCACCUGGAAGUGUGGAUGGAAUAGUGAUGGAUCUGGGAGCCAGUUCCAUGCAAAUGGACUCACUGGUUCGCGGCUUCGGACUGAGUCGAGAUUCGCCCCUUGAUAUGCGUAUGAACUUUGAUUCGGUUUCCUCCAGAGAAGGAAAGACAGAUUCAUUAGACAGUUUCACCGCAGAGGAUGUUUUGAAUAAGCUAAGUGCACCCCAACUUGCUCGAAUUUUUCGUGUCUACGGAGAGGAGAGAUUUGCUAGGCGAAUAGCCAACGCUGUGGUUGAGUACCGUGCUACUCUAGGACCUAUUCGAACAACCCGGCAGUUUGCUGAUCUCGUAGCUUCGGUUAUCGGACCACUGCAGCACAGUCAGAAGAAACGAGCAAAAGACCAAGAAGAAGAAGAAGAAGAAGAAGAAGAAGAUCAGGCAUUAAAUGCUCAUUCUGCCACGAGGGUGUUUCAAGCUUUGCGAAUCUUUGUAAAUGACGAAUUGAAUGAGCUGUGUGCUGGUUUGGAAGCGGCACAUCGACUACUUCGACGUGGAGGUCGCUUGGCUGUAAUUUCAUUUCACUCCCUCGAAGAUCGGCUUGUCAAACGAGCUUUCAAUAUGGCUGGUUGUGAUACUGGACAUGGUCUCGCCAUGAGGCUAGCGAAUAUGUCUACGUUGACGUGGCGGUCGUCCAUAGAAGCGACUACAUUGGGUGGUCAAUUAACGGAAUCGCCAACGCCGUCUCCAUCACUUUGGCGACAGAUCGUUGGGCCAAUAAGACCCACCAAUGAGGAGAUCCAGGUGAAUAGACGAAGUCGAUCGGCCAAGCUACGCAUUGGGGAGAAAAUUUCUGAACGUUGA